AAACACAUUGAGCAUGCGUACGACACUGGCGUAAUGGAGGUCUAUCUUCCUUGACCACGGUGAUUUGUUAACAAAUCGUCUUCUGCUUUUAAAGAUUUGGAGCGUGCAUUCAGUCAUUACUUGGUCGGAUUUUUGUUUGCAGAUCAGAGCAACUCUUCUUUGAGGAUGGCGACAGACGCUGCGUCCCAGCAGACUCCUGGCUCCAGGAUUAUGACCUUUCACCCUACCAAGGAAGAGUUUAAGGACUUCAGCCGUUACAUCGCCUACAUGGAGUCACAGGGAGCACACCUAGCUGGAAUGGCUAAGGUUAUUCCACCGAAAGACUGGAAGCCUAGACAUACUUAUGAUGACAUAGAUGACCUGGUGAUCCCUGCUCCUAUACAGCAGGUGGUGACUGGCCAGUCAGGUCUCUUCACACAGUACAACAUCCAGAAGAAACCCAUGACUGUCCGAGAGUUCCGCAAGACUGCCAACACAGACAAGUUCUGUAAUCCCCGCUAUGUGGAUUUUGAGGAGCUGGAGAGAAAGUUCUGGAAGAACCUGACUUUUAACCCGCCUCUCUAUGGAGCAGAUAUCAACGGAACCCUCUACGACCCAGAUGUGACAGAGUGGAACAUUGGUCAUCUGAACACUAUCCUGGACACUGUGGAGAGGGAGAGUGGGAUCAAGAUAAAGGGAGUGAACACUCCUUACCUGUAUUUUGGCAUGUGGAAAAGCACCUUUGCCUGGCACACUGAAGAUAUGGAUCUCUACAGCAUCAACUACCUGCACUUUGGAGAGCCCAAGUCCUGGUAUGUUGUUCCCCCUGAACAUGGGAAGAGAUUGGAACGUCUUGCUAAAGGGUUCUUUCCUGGGAGUGCUCAGAGCUGUGAAGCUUUCCUGCGGCAUAAGAUGACUCUUAUCUCACCCUCCAUCCUGAAGAAAUAUGGCAUACCGUUUGAAAAGAUAACCCAGGAGGCAGGCCAGUUCAUAGUGACCUUCCCAUUCGGUUACCACGCUGGUUUCAACCACGGCUUCAACUGUGCUGAAUCCACUAACUUUGCCACACAGCGAUGGAUCGAUUAUGGCAAAAUAGCCACACUGUGCUCGUGUCGUAAGGACAUGGUGAAGAUCUCCAUGGAGAUCUUUGUGAGGAAGUUCCAACCGGACCGCUACAAGGCCUGGAAGGCAGGGAAGGACAACACUCCUAUUGACCACUCCAAGCCCACGCCAGAGGCUGCUGACUUCCUGAAGACAGGGGAGCCUGGGAAGGAGGGUCCAAGCCGCAGCGAGGCCCCUGACCAGGAGAAUACCCCAUGCACCACCACUCAGGAGGAGAAGAGCCCGAAGGUUGGGGAAAAGCGCCAGCGAGGAGGAGAUGUGGAGGCAGCAGAGGAUGGAGACACAGAGCAGGUUGAUGAAGAGGAGAAGGAGGAGAGAGAGGUGGACCAGAAGAAAGCAAAGCUUGGCCAGGAGGAGAAGGGACACAGUCUGGCACACAAAGUGCUAAAUGCAGAGGAUGUUAAAAAAGAGCGAACAAAGCCACCACUCAACGCAAAGACCAACCGAAACACAAACGCCAGCCGAAAGCUAGCACUUCAGAUGAAAGCCAAAAUCUCUCUUAAAUCCACUCCAAUUAAGUCUCAGCCACAGACUAACAGUCAGUCAACCCAACCAGAGGCCCCAGAACCCUCCCCCCAGAGCUCAGAGAAGGCUGGCCCCAGUGAGGAUGUGAAGCCUCCAGCCAGCAGCUCCAGCCCUUCCCACCCAGCCAGCAGCUGCAGCCCUGUCCACCCAGCCAGCAGCUCCAGCCCUUCCCACCCAGCCAGCAGCUCCAGCCCUGUCCACCCAGCCAGCAGCUCCAGCCCUGUCCACCCAGCCAGCAGCUCCAGCCCUUCCCACCCAGCCAGCAGCUCCAGCCCUGUCCACCCAGCCAGCAGCUCCAGCCCUGUCCACCCAGCCAGCAGCUCCAGCCCUGUCCACCCAGCCAGCAGCUCCAGCCCUUCCCACCUAGCCAGCAGCUCCAGCCCUUCCCACCCAGCCAGCAGCUCCAGCCCUUCCCACCCAGCCAGCAGCUCCAGCCCUUCCCACCCAGCCAGCAGCUCCAGCCCUUCCCACCCAGCCAGCAGCUCCAGCCCUUCCCACCCAGCCAGCAGCUCCAGCCCUGUCCACCCAGCCAGCAACUCCAGCCCUGUCCACCCAGCCAGCAGCUCCAGCCCUUCCCACCCAGCCAGCAGCUCCAGCCCUUCCCACCCAGCCAGCAACUCCAGCCCUGUCCACCCAGCCAGCAACUCCAGCCCUGUCCACCCAGCCAGCAGCUCCAGCCCUUCCCACCCAGCCAGCAGCUCCAGCCCUUCCCACCCAGCCAGCAGCUCCAGCCCUUCCCACCCAGCCAGCAGCUCCAGCCCUUCCCACCCAGCCAGCAGCUCCAGCCCUGUCCACCAGCUCUUUCAGAGAACCCUGUGCCCUGCAGACGUGCUGCACGUCCACAGCUACGCCAAGGGAGACUACGGCGAGGGAGAGACCAGGGAGGGCAAGGAGGAGAGGAGGAACGAUAGUAGUGAUAGUGAAGGAGAGGAACUGGAUGACAGAAAGAGGGCAGAAGAUGGAGAGGAUGAUGGCGCUGUGCCCAGAAAACAGGGGACGUUGCCUUGUCACCAGCGUAUGAUUAAAGACAACAUGAGUGACGAGGAGCUGCCAGAGCAGCCCCCAGUAGACGAGGAUGGGCUAGAGGGAGAGUCGUGGGCCAAGCCCCUGGCCCACCUGUGGCAGAACAGACCCCCCAACCUGAAGAAAGAGAAGGAGUACAACCGUUACAUGGGCCUCCAGGCCCCAUACUGCUCUGUGUGCUCACUCUUCCAGGCAUUCCAGCAGACUGGGUGUGCUGAUGACGGUACGGACCCUCCAGUGGUGCUGCCUGGAGGCAGGCUGAGAACCAAGCCUCUGAUCCCUGAGAUGUGUUUCACUACCACCACGGAGCCAGAGGAGGGCGCUGAGGAGAAGGAACCUGCCCCUCCGGCCCCCCCCACCACCCCUCACCUGGAGCCAGACGGCACCAGCCUGCUCAUCAGCUGCUCCCACUGCAGCGUCCGCGUACACACCAGCUGUUAUGGCGUGGAUCCAGAGAGUGUGACUAAGGACUGGAAGUGUGCUCGCUGUAAGGCCAAUUCCAUGACUGAGAGUUGCUGUUUGUGUUUGCUGAGGGGGGGUGCCUUGCAGAAAGCCAACAACAACAAGUGGGUCCAUGUGCUGUGUGCAGUAGCAGUGUUGGAGGCUCGCUUUGUGAACAUCACUGAGAGAAGCCCUGUGGAUCUGAGUAGUAUUCCUCUACAGAGGUUUAAACUGAAAUGUUACUACUGUAAGAAGCGGAUGAAGAAGACAUCCGGGUGCUGUGUGCAGUGUUCCCAUGGCCGCUGUCCUACGGCCUACCACCCUACUUGUGCCCAGGCCGCUGGGAUCCUCAUGCAGCCAGACGAGUGGCCCUUUGUGGUCUACGUCACCUGCUGCCGGCACAAGGGCCCUAUUCCGACAGAGCGUAACAAAGCAGCCAUGCAUGAGCUCACCGUGGGAAGGAGGGUGAUCUGUAAGCACAAAAAUGGCCGCUACUACCAGUGUGACGUGGUGCAGCUGUCCAAGGAGACGUUCUAUGAGGUCAACUUUGAUGACGGCUCCUUCAGUGAUAACCUCUUUCCCGAGGACAUCGUGGGCCGGGACUGUGCCCAGAUAGGCCCCCCUCCACAGGGGGAGAUGGUGCAGGUCCGCUGGACAGAUGGUCUGGUCUACGGGGCCAAGUUUGUGGCUGCUCACAUCAUCCAAAUGUACCAGGUGGAGUUUGAAGACGGGUCACAACUAACAGCCAAGAGAGAUGAUGUCUAUACCCUGGAUGAGGAGCUGCCUAAGAGAGUCAAGUCAAGACUUUCCAAGGCGUCAGACAUGCGUUUCGAUGGGAUCUUUGAGGACAAGGAGGCCAUCCAGCAGUCGAAGAGGCAGAGAGUGAUCAACUCACGGUACCGAGGGGACUACGUUGAACCUGUGAUCUACAGAGCCAUCAUGGAGUAGCCUGCCCACUACAGCAUGGAGUAGCCUACUCUUCCAACAAACCACCAGCACUGAUAUUCCUGAUCUGGACUUCUCACUUUACCUUCAUUUAUCCACUGACUGAGUGGGUGUAGCUCUGACUAAAGGACUUCCUCUGAAAAUAACUUUCCAACCCCUAGUUUGGACUGUUUUCUUUCUCAUAAUUUACAGCAUUAUGCUCCAGUUUCCCGGACACUGGUUAAGCCUAGUCUUGGACUGAAAAGCCCUUUCAUUGGAUAUGCUUUUUAUGCUACGCUUAACCUGUCCAGGAAACCAGACCCAAUUGUUAUUACUUUAAUGUUUUCUUUGACUGUGAUCAAGGUUGAAGAACAGGCCACCUUCUCCACUCGGUAUAGGUUAUAGAAGCCGGGAAGGAACUGCCAUCCAUGUCACCUUUUAUGCCAUCCUGCUAGUGCCCAGUAGCUGUAACUCGUCUCUUGAAUGGAAGCGAUAUUGGACCAUGAAUUUAGCUUCCAAACAAGAUGUAGCUUUCUAAUAAUAAUAGUAACAAUCCACUCAAUAGAACUGUGGCAGGAAUGACUUCCUGAAGGGAGUGAAGCAGACAAGUUGCUGCCACUCAUCCUCAUAAACACUGAUUACAGUGUUUUCUGACUUGCAAUUUCACUGAAUGUUGCCAGUUGUUCCUUUAUGUACAUCUAUUUAUUUUCCUAUGUCGUUUUUCAGGGUGCUACUUGCGCCUAUGUUUGAUUUUAAGGAGGUGCAAUGCCAUUUUAGUAACUAAUACCACCUCCUCUUAGCAGUCACACUGUUGACUGCAUUCCUAAACAUUGUAUUUUGUAGGAACGCGUUGAAUAUAGCUUUUUCAAUUUUUAGAGUUGUUUUUUACCAGUGUAUUUAUUAUACUGUGCUUGAAGAAAGUAACCUCUGCAAUGCAGACAAUUUGUCAGUUGCAAUGGUGUAGAGGUUCUGGACUGAUUCUGAUCUAUGUUCUAUUUUUGCUAUAUAGAUGAAUUGGAAAUAACCCAUUCAGAAUUGCUAUGGGCGCUCCCUUUUUAUCUAAGUUGGUUCUUUACUCUUUAAAUGAACAUUGUGCGUUGCACUUUUAUUCAAGCCCAUUUUGAGAUGACAGUUUAAUAGUUGUGUGCUACCAUUUGCUAUUUUUGUAUAAAAAAAAAAACAUUUAAAAAAUAAUAUUGUACAUUUUAUAAGAUCUUAUGCAUUGUGUCCCACCACGCUUCUCCACUCGGCCAUGAUCAUCAACCAUAAUGCACUUAUUAAUUAAAGAUAAGGUGGCCUUCAGAUUGUCUGUUAUAUUCCUGCUGUUAUCUUGAGUAUUUGGAUGCCACAUUCUGGUAACUUUCCCAGGUUUUCCAGAAAUCCUAAUUGAAAUUUCCCUGCAAUCAGGAUGAAAUAAGCAGGAAAUCCGUAAGUCCUUUUUAAGUAGGAUUUCUGGGAAUUUUGAGAGUUUUCAGAAUUUUGCAACCCUACCUGAGUGUGAGAGACACCUAAUGUAUGAGUGAGGCAGUUAUAGAGGCUCACAGAAGUACCACUAAGCAAGGGGUUUAUAUCAUCAGCAUUCAACAGUAUGGGAAUACUUAUGAAGACUUAUAAUACAUGGGGGGGGGGGGAUACAAGUUUUCUAUCAAAAAGCCUAUUUUAUUGCUUUGUUUUAUAAUGAUACACAUUACAUUCACAGUCGGGAAGACACUGAGAUGUAAUUAUAAUAAAUAGUUUAUUUAAAGAUAUAAGCCGUUGACGCAAGGGAUCUUGUUUGUGCCCCAAAUGGUAGCAUAUUCCCUAUAUUGUGCUCUACCUUUGACCAGGGACCUGGUCAAAAGUAGUGCACUAUAUAGGGAAUGGGGUGCCAUUUGGGACUGAUCCCUGGCCUGUUCAUGUGACCUUUUUUCCUUUCUGUGAAAAAUGUACUAUCAUUCAUGCAUUUUGUAAAGAUGAUAAUUUUGUUUCAGUAAAAACAUUUUGGCUUGGA